GUAGCCACGUGACCAACAUUAGCCCGCCUCACGUGACCCGGAGCAGAUCUGGGCGAGUUGUUCCCGGAGCUCAGAGCCCAGAAGUCCCCGUGGCUGUCGCGCAGGUGUUCUCCGCCUGGGUCGGGAUGGAACUGCCCGUCGUGAACCUGAAGGUGAUUCUCCUGGUUCACUGGCUCCUGACAACCUGGGGCUGCAUCGUGUUCGCGGGUGCCUACGCCUGGGCCAACUUCACCGUCCUGGCCUUGGGCGUGUGGGCUGUUGCUCAGCGAGACUCCAUUGAUGCCAUAGGCAUGUUUCUGGGUGGCUUGCUGACCACCAUCUUCCUGGACAUCAUCCACAUCAGCCUCUUCUACCCACGGGCCGGCCUCUCAGACACACUGCGCUUCAGCGCCGGCAUGGCCAUCCUCAGCCUGCUCCUCAAGCCGCUGUCCUGCUGCCUCGUCUACCACAUGUACCGGGAGCGUGGGGGUGAGCUCCUGGUCCACGCUGGCUUCCUUGGGCCUUCUCAAGAGCGCAGUGCAUACCAGACGAUCGACUCUCCUGAGUCACCUGUGGACCCAUUUGGAGAACCAGAGGGCCAGAAUCAGGCUGCCCGAGGGUACUGAGGCCAGCCCCUCUGCGCCAGGCCCCCUCCAAGCUGCAUCGCCUUCCAUGUGCCUGGGAGGCCGUUCUAAGGACACGUCUGACUUCCUUUCUUGGACCUAAGGAUGGAAUGUGUCCUCCUGUCCUCCUUCUGUUCUUCAUCUCAGGGGUUGCCUGAAUGGAGUAUCAAGAGGCUGGGAGCCCCCAUGGACCGCCCCCGCAGCCACAUGCACACACCUGUCCUAAACUCCUCAAGACCUCCACUCCCUUCAGGGCACCCGACAUGCCCCCAGGGUGGAACUGCUGCCUCUCUUCUCCUACACCACAGCUGCACCGUGCAGGCCCUAGGCAGAGUCAUGCCUGAGUAUGCUCAGGUCAGGCCUGAAGGGCCGGUAUUGCCUGCUCGGGCUACCCCACUCUGUCAGGCCCUUCCACAGAAGCUGAGAGCUUCAGGUCACGCUCCACCCCUGCAGCCAUCUGGCCUGUGGGUGAAAUCCCUGUGCUCCUCACUGCCUGAUCACUUGGUACCCGGGCACCCUGGGGCUGGAGGCAAGAGGUGUCUGCAGUACUCGAGACCACCACAGCCUCCUGCUGCCAUCCCAGAGCCAUGGCAUUAAAGUUUGGGGAAUUUUGUA